AACAUUAACGGAGUCCUUCAAUUCAAGCCGAACAUCUAGAAGAGGGAAGCGGUUAUCUCCACUCCAAAGACUCCUCACGUCAAGACUAAAAAUAACAAACGCUGUGACAGACGCUUCUUGUUUUCUGCGGCUGCGGAGCGUGGAGGUUUCAGCGGGCUGCACAUUUCUCGCAUGCCCACACUUCGCAUGAGCGGAGGAGGACGAGGGAGGAGUUAGCUUCAUGUAAACUCGGGCAUAUGCCACAUUUUCCCUGGAGCAGCGACGAGGCGAGGAGAGGACGGAGGAACUCCACCUGAUCACAUGGGCAAAGUCUCUCGUGUUGGAUCGUAAGGAUGUGGCUGACUCUCCUCUACAGCUGCGCUAGCGGGGCCGCUCUGCUGUAUGUGCUCUACAGAUGGGUGAUCCCGUCUGUCGUGCAGUACCACGGGGGUCUCGCACUCGUUUGGCACGACACCAUCGUGGAGGGAUUGCUGAACACACUGACCCAGACCACGCGUCCUCAGCGGAUGUUGGCUGCAGUGCAGAAGAACGCCACUAGAGGGGACCCUCGCAGCGUGGUGAAAGCCAUCGAUCAGUUCUGCAGGCAGAAGGAGUGGGCCAUGAAUGUGGGAGAUGAGAAAGGGUGCAUCCUGGACUCCGUGGUGACUGAAGUGAACCCGGCGACGGUGCUGGAGCUGGGAACCUACUGCGGCUACUCCACCGUGCGCAUCGCCAGCCUGCUGCCGCCUGACGCCAAGCUCAUCACCCUGGAGUUCAACCCACACAACGCCGCCAUAGCUCGCCAGGUGAUCGCUUGGGCAGGAUUGGGAGACAAGAUCCAGUUAGUGGAAGGAGCAUCUGGUGACUGGAUCCCCAAACUGAGGGAGAAGUUUGGGAUAGAAGCGUUUGAUUUGGUUUUCUUGGAUCACUGGAAGGAUCGCUACCUUCCCGACACGAAGCUGAUGGAGGAGUGCGGUCUCCUCAGGGAAGGAAGCGUCCUGUUGGCAGAUAACGUCAUCUGCCCCGGAACGCCCGACUACCUGGAGUACGUUCGCCACAGCCCCCGGUAUAAAAGCCAGUACUUCAGAUCUCACCUGGAGUACACCAAAGUGGAAGAUGGUUUGGAGAAAUCGGUUUUCUUAGGGUAGAUCUUCAAUAGAAGAGCCUCAAACUCACAUUUCAGAAUCUUCCAGAGAAUAAGAAAUCCCGUCUCUUUUUCUAAUGUAAUGAAGACGUUGACUUGAAAAUAAAAGUCACAUGAAAUACAAAUGCAA